AACAAGCGUAAGCGAAAAGUCUCACACAGUGCUGCAAAAAAUCCGACAAAGCGUCGUUGUGUUGUGGCUGCUCGAAGUCGUGUUGACGCUGCACCGCCAGCUGCGUCUCCCCCACCCAAAAUCACUGCGAGAGGCCGCAACUCGCGGUUACCAGCCAAAUAUAAAUAGCACAAUUGAAGUGCAAGGCUCUGUAUAGCAAUACACCAACUUUUCUCGCGAUAAUAGCUUUUGAGUGUGGCUCUACAGCUUCAUUUUUCUAUCGCUGAUAUCUCGUUGGGGUGGCUCAUCGGCUGAACUGGCUCAUCGGCCGCACGGCCACGGGUAGCGCGACAAGUGUCAAAUGAAACUUCCUGCGACGAUGCCGCCUCAUACCAACAACAAUCAGAUAUGGAAGUGCCGGAGGGGAUGGUACUUGAAGGGAUACUUGCUGUCAACAAGCCAGCCCAUGUUUCAUCAGCAGAAGUCCUUGAGAAGCUGCAGGCAACAUUUGCGUCAUCCCAGAUAUAUGCACCACUCUUACGGACUCAGCCUAAAAGGACCAGCAAAAGCGAUGGCCAGGUUUUCAGGAUGGGCCACGGCGGGACGCUGGACCCACUAGCUGCAGGCGUGCUCAUUGUUGGCAUAGGUCGAGGCACGAAGCAGCUGCAGAAGUACCUUGCCUGCACUAAGUCUUAUGAGACAACAGUACUGUUCGGUGCAAGCACGGACUCUUAUGAUUGCACAGGUGUGGUCACCGAGCGAGCGAAUUGCGCACAUGUUACUCGAACCUUAGUAGAAGCGCAGCUUGCCCAAUUUCGAGGGACUAUCUCGCAAGCCCCACCGAUUUACUCGGCCUUAAAAAUCGACGGCAAGAAAGCUUGUGAAUAUGUACGCAAUGGGCAGGCGCUGCCGAGACAGCUCGAGAGUAGGGGAAUGCUUGUUGACGAGUGCAUGUUGCUCGAAUGGUACGAAGCAGGCCAGCACGUUCUCCAAUAUCCAGGGGAAGAGAAGCCAGCGACCGCACCUGCAGCACGCAUACGAUUGACUGUCUGUUCAGGCUUCUAUGUCCGAAGCUUUGCGCAUGAUCUGGGCAUUGCCUGUCAGUCUAGAUCCCACAUGGCGACUCUGCUUCGCACACGACAGGCAAGUUACACCACGCAAGAUCCUCCAGAUUCGCCGGAUCUGACAACUGCGAUUACUUAUGCGGAUAUUGACGGCGGAGAAGGUGUAUGGGGACCUAAGAUUCGCCCGCAGCUUGAGGCAUGGGUGCUUGCAAAUCCUAUGGCCAGAGGGCAUGUGAACGGUCGAAGCGAAGAGGCAAGACGAAGGAAGGCUACAGUGGAAGGCGAGAGGCCCAAGCAAAGAUUCAGAGGUGGGUAUGUCGCCGAUACCAAGAAAGAGAGGAUCAAGCAGCAAGGUGGCAAAUACAAAGGUAAAUGGGGCCGGAAGUCGACUACAGGCGGCCCUGUUCAUGACAAAGCGGCAAGCGUCGAAGAAACGGUUGAAGCAUCCGUCGAUCAGGCAGCAGUAUAGUCGCAGUAAGCAACCUUAAGAUCGUUGUCAAUUACAGAGUGUACAGUACAG